AGUGAGACCUUGUGCCCUCGGAGGAUCUCUGGUGUCUUUGACUCCUUGUGUCUCUUCUGGGACAAUCAGGGGACAUGUCCAGACUCUGCUGCUCUCUGAGACACACGCUGCUAAAGUGAGUCCACGAAACCAGAGCCAGAAUUAGACCAGAGCCAGAACUAGACCAGAGCCAGAACUAGGAAAAAAGAUGUUGAGACUCUGCUGCUCUCUGAGACCAGUGCUGCUUCAACGCCCCCCCACCACCAACACCACCACCAACACCACCACCAACACCACCACCGCCGCCGCCGCCGCUGCUGCUGCUGCUGCUCAGCCCAGGGUGCGUCUCUCCACAGGCUCCCCCCAGAAACACGGCUCCUUCUAUGAGUUCCGGACCUAUCGGAUCCGGCCUGAGCUCAACGCCUCCUUCCUCAAACUGACCAAUGAGAAGAUCCACCUGCGCACAGCUCACUCUCAGCUGAUUGGCUACUGGAGCGUGGAGUACGGGGGGGUCAACCAGGUCUUCCAUAUAUGGAAGUAUGAGAGUUACUCCCAGAGGGCAUCUGUGAGGGCAGCCUUGUCCCAGGACCCCUCCUGGAUGUCAGACUACAUCUCCAUGGCGAUGCCAAUGCUGACGUCCCAGGACAACGAGGUCACGUAUCUGGUCCCUUGGAGCCGCCUCCAGACACCACCCAAGGAGGGCGGUGUGUACGAGCUCGUCUCCUACCAGAUGCAUCCCGGUGGUCCAGCGGUUUGGGGCAACGCCUUCCAGGCCGCCCUCACCUCCCAUGAUGCCCCGGGGUAUGGCAAGCUGGUGGGGGCGUUCCACAACGAGUUUGGGCAGGGGAACAGAGUCCACGCCCUCUGGUGGUAUGAGAGCGCCGACCAGCGAGCUGAAGUCCGGCACAAAUCCCACACUGAUGCCAGGGUGGUGGCAGCAGUGAGGAACAGCGUCGUCCAUCUCCAGUCUCAGAGGAACCAGCUCAUGUUUCCAUGUCCCUUCUCCCCCAUGAAGUAGACGUCCAGUCCUUCCAGUCCUGGGCCGAGGCUGGGGGGGCGGUGGGGGGGAUUCAUCCAACAUUUGCUCUUCAACUUUCAAAAUAAAAUCCAAAGUGAGUGAGUCUGA